GAAAGAAACAACGCAAAAUUCUAUUAAAUAUAAAGAAAAACGUAGAGAGAAGAAAAAGAGAGAAAAAAAAGAGAGUGGUUCUUCACACUCUCUCGCAUUUCACAGAUCAGAUCCAAACAUUCGAAUUUUCUAGAUCCAGUUUCAUUCUCAAUUUCCGAUUCUCAAUUCUCAAUUCUCGAUUUCAAUUGUUAUUAGGUUUUCUGAGAUCGAAUGGCGUGUAUCAAAGGGGUUAAUCGAUCGGCGUCAGUGGCGCUGGCGCCCGAUGCACCGUAUCUCGCUGCCGGUACUAUGGCCGGCGCCGUUGAUCUAUCUUUUAGCUCAUCGGCAAAUCUUGAAAUAUUCAAGCUUGAUUUCCAAUCCGAUGAUCCCGAACUGCCUCUUGUUGCUGAAUACCCUAGCUCCGACCGUUUCAACCGUUUAUCUUGGGGGAGAAACGGUUCUUCUUCUGAAGGUUUUUCUCUUGGACUCGUUGCUGGUGGAUUAGUCGAUGGAAACAUUGAUAUCUGGAAUCCUCUCACUCUGAUUCGUUCGGAGGAAAAUGAAAGUUCUCUAGUUGGACACCUUGUAAGGCAUAAGGGACCGGUUCGUGGACUUGAGUUUAAUACAAUUGCACCCAAUCUUCUUGCAUCUGGGGCUGAGGAUGGUGAAAUUUGCAUAUGGGAUUUGGCCAAUCCUUCAGAGCCUACACAUUUUCCACCAUUAAAGGGUAGUGGCUCUGCUUCCCAGGGGGAAGUUUCAUUCUUAUCUUGGAAUAGUAAAGUGCAACACAUAUUAGCAUCCACUUCAUAUAAUGGGACCACUGUGGUUUGGGACCUAAAGAAGCAAAAGCCAGUGAUAAGCUUUGCAGACUCAGUUAGACGGCGGUGCUCAGCUUUGCAGUGGAAUCCUGAUGUUGCUACACAACUUGUUGUUGCAUCAGAUGAAGACGGAUCUCCUUCUAUAAGGCUUUGGGAUAUGAGAAAUAUAAUGACACCGAUAAAGGAGUUUGAGGGGCACACUAGAGGGGUAAUUGCAAUGUCAUGGUGUCCCAAUGAUAGCUCUUAUUUGCUUACCUGUGGCAAGGAUAGCCGAACUAUAUGCUGGGACACUAUUUCUGGAGAGAUUGCCUAUGAAUUGCCAGCCGGAACUAACUGGAACUUUGAUGUGCAUUGGUAUUCUAAGAUACCUGGAGUAAUAUCAGCAUCUUCCUUUGAUGGAAAAAUAGGCAUAUACAAUAUUAAGGGUUGCCGUGGUUCUGGAGAGACUGAUUUUAGUGCAGCACCGCUGAGAGCUCCAAAAUGGUAUAAACGUCCUGCUGGUGUGUCAUUUGGCUUUGGAGGUAAACUUGUGUCAUUUCGUCCCAGUGCUUCAGGUUCUCCUGCUGGGGCUUCAGAGGUUUAUGUGCAUAACAUGGUCACUGAAGACGGUCUGGUGAGUCGAUCAUCUGAAUUUGAAGCUGCAAUACAGAAUGGGGAAAGAACUUUAUUAAGGGUUUUAUGUGAUAAAAAGACUCAGGAAUCAGAAUCCGAGGAGGAAAGGGAAACAUGGGGCUUUUUGAAGGUUAUGUUUGAAGAUGAUGGAACUGCAAGAACAAAACUUCUCACACACCUUGGUUUUAACGCACCAAGUGAAACAAAAGACACAGUUAGUGAUGAUAUUUCUCAGGAAGUAAAUGCUAUUGGACUUGAGGACACAGCUGUUAAUAACGUAGGGCAUGUGGCUACUACUGAAACCAAUAUUUUCUCUUCUGACAACGGGGAGGAUUUCUUUAACAAUCUUCCCAGUCCUAAAGCUGAGACUCCUCCAUCUAUGGCUGCAAGCAACUUUGUUGUUGCAGAUAAUGCAAAUGGUUCAGAGAAAAUCGAAGAUGAUGAUGUGGAAGUGGAAGAGAGCAGUGAUCCUUCAUUUGAUGACAGUGUUCAGCGUGCUUUAGUUGUUGGGGACUACAAGGGGGCAGUUUCUCAAUGCAUAUCUGCUAAUAAGUGGGCUGAUGCUUUAGUUAUUGCUCACGUGGGUAGUACCUCCUUGUGGGAAAGUACACGGGAUCAAUACCUUAAGAAGAACCGAUCACCAUACUUAAAGGUAGUUGAUAUUAUUACAUCUUACAAUCUGUUUAAAUUUCAUAUCCAACAAAAGUUGUCAAAUUCCUACCAGAUAUUUAUUUUUUGUAAAUCUCUUUCAUUUGUGGUUCAUUUCUAUUUUCAGGUUGUUUCAGCGAUGGUGAGCAAUGAUCUCUUAAGCCUUGUGAACACUAGGCCUCUAAAAUUCUGGAAAGAAACCCUUGCUCUUCUUUGCAGUUUUGCUCAGAGAGAUGAAUGGACUAUGCUUUGUGACACACUUGCUUCAAAACUCAUGGGGGCUGGCAAUACAUUAGCUGCAACUCUUUGUUUUAUAUGUGCUGGAAAUAUUGAUAAAACAGUUGAAAUUUGGUCAAGGAGCCUGUCAGAUGAGCAUGAGGGAAAAUCUUAUGUUGACCUUCUUCAGGAUUUGAUGGAAAAAACUAUUGUUCUUGCCUUGGCAACUGGGCAGAAGCGCUUUAGUGCCUCUCUGUGCAAGCUUGUUGAAAAAUAUGCUGAAAUCUUAGCAAGUCAAGGGUUGCUGACCACAGCAAUGGAGUAUCUAAAACUUUUGGGUUCUGAAGAACUUUCGACAGAACUUGUGAUAUUGAAGGACCGAAUUGCACUGUCUACGGAACCUGAGAAAGACUUAAAAACCACUGGUUUUGAAAAUUCUCAAUCACACGGUGGAUCCUUUUAUGGGGCUGAUAAUUCCAAUUAUAAUAUGAAUUAUUAUCAGGAAUCAGCAUCCCCUCAAGUGCCACAUAGUGUUCCUGGAGUUCAAUAUCCUGAUAGCUAUCAACAGCCAUUUGAUCCUAGAUAUGGGAGUGGGUACAAUACUCCUGUUCCACACCAGCAACCCCAACAACCCAAUUUGUUUGUUCCAUCACAGGCUACUCAGGUUCCCCAAGCUCCCCAGCUGAACUUCUCAAGUACUUCUGUAGCACCACCUCCCGUGAGAACUUUUGAUCCUCAAACUCCUCCCGUGCUUAAAAACGUGGAGCUAUAUCAGCAGCCCACAUUGGGUUCUCAAUUGUAUAAUACAAACAACAAUCCACCAUUCCAGCCUACCAAUCCACCUUACCAGCCUACACCUGCUCCAUCACAAAUGAACAUGGGUCAUGGCCACAACUUGCCACAUGUUGCGGCACCUACCUCAAAUCCAAUGGGAUUCAUGCCAAUCCCUAGUUCUGCUGGCGUUCAAAGACCUGGGGUGGGAUCAAGUCAACCUCCCAGUCCCCCUCAGCCACAACCUAUUCAACCGGCUGCUGCACCGGCAGCUCCACCACCUACCGUGCAGACUGCUGAUACUUCAAGAGUACCUGCACACCAAGUGCCUAUUGUCAACACAUUGACAAGACUUUUCAAUGAGACAUCGGAAGCACUGGGAGGUCCACGCGCAAAUGUACCAAAGAAGCGGGAGAUAGAAGACAACUCAAAGAAACUUGGUGGGUUGUUUGCGAAGUUGAACAGUGGGGAUAUCUCCAAAAAUGCUUCUGAUAAGCUCCUUCAGCUUUGUAAGGCGAUAGACAUUGGUGAUUUUACUGAAGCCCUUCAAAUUCAGGUUCUUCUCACUACUACUGAAUGGGAUGAAUGCCAGACCUGGUUAGGUCCACUGAAGCGAAUGAUCAAGACAAAGCAAAGUGUGAGAUUAAGUUGAAAAGUAACAGAUUUUGUUUUGCUGAUUUUGGAGAAUUUUCAUGUGAUUAGCAAUUUGCAGUAGUGAUUGUUGAUACUCUCAUCAUCGUCCACAAGCCUACUGCCUCUAGAUUGAAGCUGCAGGGUUUUGGUUUUAUGCACUUCUACAAUUUCUAGCAGUGUGUGCAGCUUUCACAUCGACUGUUAUUAAAAGCUGUUACUUAAAGUAGUUUUCAGGAAAUGAUUGGAAAAAUUUAGCAGAUUGUUUUACGACCAAUAUUUGUAAUAGAAGUGCUUUUGUCCGUUUGUUUGUUCUUAAAAUUUCAGAUGGUUUUUUCCUCACCACACCCACCCCUUUGAUACCAAUGGUGAUGCUCCAAGCUGUUUUAGUGUCAGUUAUAGUUGAUAAUUUCCUUUUCUUUGAAAGAAUUUUUGUAUCACACCAGUCAUACAAGUAUUGAUUUAAUUGCCAAACAAUUGAAUAAUGUAGUAUAAAUUCUUGAA